UAUUACAUCAUUUGAUAUAUUUAAUUAUUAUAUUAAUAUUCAUAUUGAAUUAAUAAAUGCAUUAUAAAUAUUACAUUUAAAAUAACCAAUGCAGAUGACCAGAGACAAAAGGUGGUAAAUCGUAUGAGUGUAAAAGAUGCAAAAGAGCAUUAAAAGUAAAAAGUAAGUAAAAAAUAAAUAAAAUCCUCGCUUGAGUGUAAAAAUAAUCCUUUUUAGGCAAUAGACGCUUCAUCCCUGUUCUACACUCUGAUAUUACUGAUUGAACGAUUACAUUGUGAUUAUUGCUCUUUCUUUCCACAUUGACACAUUUCUAGCACAGAAGAUAACUUUAGAUAAAUCACAUCCUAAGCAACAUAAAACGAUACAAAAAAUACAAAUAAAGUUCUCACUUACCUAGUUGGCUGGCUGGAUUCUUCAAAAAGAUAGACGUGGGCAAUUGAUAUUAUUGAUUUGUUUAAUUUUUAAUUUUUUUUUUAUAUUUUUGCAGGGCUCCCAGGAGAACAAAAUGCAGUUUUCUGAUUCAGUCCCUCCUCCAGCAUGUUAUAGUGCAUAUGCACCUAUUGUGCCUGCAACCCAAUACCCACAGACCACACCAAUGCCCUGCUAUGGAGUUCAGGAAAACAGCGCAAGCUUACUGGAUCAGCUGACUCUGGACUAUUACCAUCAACCUAACACCAUGGUGGACAGCAGCAGCUCCUGUGACUUCCAGAAUGUAUUUCCAACUUUCUCACAAGGAUCCAUCCAGCCAUUUCCCAUCUUCCAUGAGAACAUGACACCGCAGUCACCCUCGGAAUCGUCAGAUAGGUCAAACUCCUUUGAAUACUCUCCAAGUUGUCAAGGUGUAGAGUUUAUUCCACAGAGUUACAGCUCCCCUUCUCCUCCUGACACCAAUAGCUGUGCAUACGCUGGAAUGGAUCAACAUGUAUACCAGCACCAGGACAAUUCCAGCCUCUGUUACUGUACAUUUUGCAGCCCCAUGGACUAUCAAGGAUCAGUAAAAGAACAGGAUUCUUAUUCUUACACUAACAUUGACUAUAUGGGAUAUUUGACAUCUUCUGAGGACAUCUUUACAAAGGACCUGAACAGUUAUGAUAUGUGUUACAUUUAACAAGUAGUCACAUUUUCCAAAGAUGAAACAGCGUAACAAUUGCCAAAUAAUGCACUGAUUAUAAUAGAAAGCCAUAUACUUAAAACAAAACAAACAAACAAAAAAAGAUUUUGUUGAGGACUUAUGCUUAUAAUGAGACUUUAUGAAAACAGACAUAUACAUUCAAGAAAAACAGUGGAUAUAAUUAUAUUCCAUAAGAUCCUAUGUUCAUUGUAGUAUAGAAAAGAAAUAUAUAAAGAAUAUAUAAUUGUUCUGAAACAAUGCCAAAAGCUAAAACCCAGCCAUCAUUUUCAAUAGUUUUAUAAUAUAUGUCAAAGAGCAUCUUCAAGGACAGGUGUUUUAGACCCCUUUCACACUGGGGCGAUUUGCUGGCGCUAUUGCUCUAAAAAUAGCGCCUGCAAACCG